AAGAUGUUCUACUCCGUGUUUCUCGUCUUCGCAACUUUUUCAACGACCUUGGCUGCUGUUGAUCUGGUGAUAGUGGGAAACAACAAUGUUUUAUGUACUGGUGCAAGUGUGACGCUCCAGUGUACGCUGACGGGAAAUUUCCUCACCUGGAACACUCCUGAUGGAGCUCUCAACUUUGUCCGAGGGAGACAGGAUGAGUCAAAUGCAGGCUCCUACUAUGGCCAGCUCAUGGAACUAAAUGCAACUCAUCUCAGUCAACACUGAGUUUCAUAUUCACAGCUGAGAUUACCAUCAACUGCUCUGAUACAACUGCAAGUAACUCAGCUACUCUCGUUGUAGAAGGUCCACCAAGUGCGCCGGAUCGACCACUGACGGCCCUGGAAAGGAUCAGGAGACUCAACAAGACAUUCUCCUCAGUGUCUGUGGUGUGGAACAUUCCUGACACCAACAAUGCCCACAUCAGUAGCUACGUGGUGACAGUUGAUCCUCCCAUUCCCCUGCCAGCCAGUGGAGUCAUUGCUGCAGGCAAUACUCUCUUCCAGUCACGACAACUGUCCCUCACACUCCUCCAUGGCCAGCAGUAUUACAUCACAGUCACUGCCAGGAGCUGUGGUGAUUCUGUGGAAGGUCCUGCUAGCUCUGCACUUGCCAUAAAAGUACAAGUGCCCCCGUCUGUGGCAAGAUGUACAGCUCUUCCUAUCUAUGACUAUUACUCUAACAACCUCAAGAGAAUUGAAGUAGAGUGGGACCCAAUUCCAGAUUUGAAGGAAGACAUUACAGCUAGUAUCACGGCUAGUGUUCAGGAGUACAUAAUCAGUGCCAUCCCCAUUGUAAUUGCUGCCCCUGCAAUCAAUGUGACAUUAGGAGCUAUUGAUCACAGUGUGUGCAGUAGCACGAAAUGCAAGCACAAGUUUCAGAGGAUUGGUGACAUGUCGGCACUCCACUACAAUGUGAAUGUAAUUGCAAAGAACCUUCUCUCUGAUGGAUACAGUGACGGACGGAUUUGCAACAACUUGACAAUCAGUGCUACAAAUGACCUUUUAUCAGUGGAUGUACGGAAAAACUUUAGUGAGGUUGUUCAGAUUUUGUGCCGACCGCUAACGCGAUUCGAAGGCUCGGCCAGCUGUGAAGUUGUGUACAGGAUGGUACCUGGGGCAGAUAGCUAUACUGAGACAUCAGACAGAGCUGGAGGAGCAGAGGACAUUAUUUCUGUACUCCUGACUCCCACUACUGGACCUGGGAUGAAUCUCUCAGUGGCUGCUGGUACCAGGGGUGGGAAACAAGAUGUCGUGGUUGAGGGAACCUUUGGAACAGGUGAUAUCCUGUCAUCAAGGGAGAAUCUGAUGCGCCAUCUUUGUCCAGAGAAUGACACAGCAGAUACAACUGAAGUCUCAACUACAAAGGUGUCUACAGCAGAUAAAUCUUCAACAGAGUCCUGUCCCAGUACACCGUGGAUACUGGCUGCUGGGAUCUUCAUCUUUACAUUACCAACUGGAUUCAUCGCUGGAAUAAUCGUGAUGAUUGUGUGGCGUUCAAAGAGAAAGGACAGAAGUGAAGUGCAAGAGAGUCAUGCAUCUUACUACGAGUACAUCAGCCCAAAAGACAUAUCAAUGGAGAGCAACAAGUGCUAUACAACUUCCGGUGCUCCUGAACUACCAAAACCUAGAAAGACAUGAGUUUCAUAACUUGUGUACCUUUUUUUAUCGCGUGUAUUAUAAACCAACAGGUGUAGCUAUGUAAUCGAGUGCACUGCUAUAUACUUGUAUUGUACUGUGUAAUUAUCACCCCUAUGCAGCACUUGAGCUAGUAUAUAAACGCUAUAGUAAGCCACUACUCGUGUAAAAAAAUGGGGAAAAUAAGAUACUAGGAAUGCGCGCCUCGCGCCAAUGCGUAAACACUCUCCGACUGAGUAUAUAGGCCGCUCAUGCGCGCGCUCUACUGACUGCGCGCGAACGAAGCCAGCAGACUUCCUUACGAAUCUGCGCGCAC